AAACGAGAAGAGAACGAAUGAAGAGUCUUCUCCGAAGUCGAUGGCUCCCGAAGGAGAUUCGCCACUAGCCUAAACAGCAUUACGCAUGUCUAAUGGGUUGAGACGGCAAAGAGACACGCCCAAAGCAUCCAACUGUCUCCCGAUAGCAAAAGGGAGCGUAAAUACACCAAACUGCACAUGUGGACAGACGGCAGGGCAGCGAUGUGCAUGUACGGCAGCAGGAACAAGGGCUACAGUUCGGUAUAUCAACAGCGCCUUACGUCGAAAGUUUCAUCAUUGUCGGAACUUGCACGGUAAACAGGGUCUCGACAACUCGAUUUGUGGCUUGAUACACGUGAGGUAUGAUGCCAGGGCCCAUUUGCCACGGUGAACCCGCACGUAGAGUAAGUGAUGCGUCGA